ACAAAGACUAUAAAAAGCCUCAUGCUCUGCUCCUCUGAGCAAAGAACAAAGGGUCUAUCUCUCUGUUGUUCUGAUUUUGAUGACUGCAAGUGGAGCAACAAGAUCAACACUUUGGGCAUUUGGAACAGUGUGUCUUCGACUCCAGCCAUGAUCUCUUCAUCAGCCCCACCUCACCUCUACCUGAGUCUCCUCCUCUUUCUGUCGUACCCCUCCACUGUUCUCUCCUGUCGAAUCGGAAACCUCAGCCAGUGUAAGUCUGCUGAAUUUGUACCGGGCCACAACCUGGUUGGGGAGGGCUUUGACGUGGUCACCCUGCAGCGUAAAGGCGCCUACAUGAUUGACGUGAGGACUUACCUGACCUCAAAUGGCACCUGUAAUCUCUGCUCCAACCCUCUUCAAGGCGACACCCUGCAGAAAGUGCCAGUCUCGGCAGUGGACUGGCGUGCGUUUAGUCGAUGCAGUGCUGACCUCUACAGCAGUGCACACACCUCCGUUAGCUCAUUGAUGGACACUCACACCUCCCAGAUGAGUGACGACUGGAAGGUUGGCAUAAAUGUAGAUACAUAUGUUUCUGCUGGUCUGGAUGUGGGAGGAACUCGCUCCUCUGCGUAUAUGUUUGCUUCUCAAAAAGCCAGAGAGGACCGCUACUUUUUCAGCUCUCACAGGGUGACCUGCAGCCAUUAUCGUUACCGUGUGUCCAGCACACCGCCACUCAGCUCUGAGUUCAGAAGGGAUUUGGACAGACUGCCGAGUCAGUACAAUGCCUCCACCAGGGCUCAGUACAGAGAGCUCAUAUAUACCUAUGGCACACACUACAUCCGCCAGGUUGACCUUGGAGGGCGACUCAGGCGAGUCACAGCUGCACGAACCUGUUUGUCGACACUGAAUGGACUCUCCUCCAGUGAGGUCCACUCCUGUUUAUCUCUAGGUUUCUCUAUUGGCCUCGGGAAGUUGUCAUUAUCUGCUAACCAGCGGCAUUGCGAGAAAGUCCUACAGAACCACGGCUUCUCCACCUUGUACAACUAUGGUCUCCACCAACAUUACACUGAGGUGGUAGGAGGCAGUGGUUGGUUGGGGGAGUUUUCACUCACUCAUAAUAACUCUCUGGAGUACAGGAAUUGGCUGAAAAGUCUUAAGGACCAUCCGGAUAUUGUUUCGUACUCCCUUAGGCCAAUGUAUCAGCUGGUGCACACUGAGACACAGAAGUCAGGGAUGAAGGCUGCCAUAGAGGAGUACUUAGGAGACAACGCAGUGAGGAAGUCCCCCAGCCAGCCAUAUUGUGGUUGGAAUGUUCCCAACGUGGCCCCGAACUGCUGUCCUAAAGAGGCAAGGAGGGGAAACCUGGUAGUGACGAUCAUCAGAGCCUGGAACCUGGAAGGAGAUCCAACGGGCAGGACCGAGGGGUACGCUAAGAUGUGGUACGGCUCCAUCUAUCACAGGACUCACUGGAUCCGGUCAAACAACCCCUGGUGGAACGCUCGUUAUAAUCUGGGCAACGUGAUCACAACCUUGGGUUUGAAGAUCGAGAUCUGGGACAAGGAUGUGAAAUAUGAUGACCUCCUGGGAUCAUGUACAAAGUACCUGAGCCAGGGGACACACAAAUUCACCUGUCCGACCCAGGGAGGCAGAGGUAGCUUUGAGGUCCAGUAUACCCUGACCUGCGACCGUCGCCUCGUUGGAAGCCGGUGCCAGCAGUAUAGACCAUCUCCAUAGUGAGAAACACACUCUGGGUGUGCUUCACGUGUUAUAUCAGAUCUGUUGAUGACACUGUUUUAAGUUGUCACUAAGCAAGGUUUAUCUUUUAAAUAGACAUCUGCUUUCAAUGUGUGUCGCAGUAGGGCUGAAAUCAAAGGUAUAUUCACAUUAUGAAACUGACUGAAAACUGCACGAAAUUGAAAAAAUUGUCUUUUCUGUCGUUUUUUACUUGUUUUUUUACUAAUGAACAUUAAUGAUUUCAAUUCAGUGUUUUUGUUGUCAACCCAUUUUUAAUGAGACAAUCUGAAGUCAUAAAAGAUUCCAUCCAGUUUUGCAGGACAGGGUUAUGGUUUCUUUUACAUUUGGCUGAUGUCUUUGUGGUUGUUGGUAAUUAUUUAGAGUUAAAAAUGUUCAACUACAUUUUCAUUAUGUCUGUCAUAAUCAUUUUUGUGUUCCUUCCCAUGCAAAUAAAGCCUCUGAGUUGUGUCAAGUAAAGCACAAGUGUCAGAGCUAAAGGAAAACAAACUUUUAGAAUUAAAGCAUCUAUCAUGUGUAAAAAUUCUAAAGUUAUACGAAACAUCCUCACCUUUGUCAGCAAAAUUCAGACACCAGAUAGGUAGGGGCAUUUUGUUAUAUUUUGUAAGGCAGCUGUUCCCAAUCUGAGUGUGUAGUGUCACUAGCAGCUCUGUGGGGCUGUUCAAGACUAAAUUCCAAUAUCCAGCUCUUAAAGUUGAGGUCUAUGUGGAAGUAUCAAAAACUGCAGUUCCUCAGAUGGCCACUUGAGGCUGGCUCCAAAAUCAAGCCAAUCCCUGUAGGAUCCCCUGUUAAAAUGUCCAACUCUACAGCAGAAGUAAACAUGUUUACAGCCUGAUACAAACAACUGUUUCUGUCUCUAUAGCUAAUUUAUCCUUUCAUGAGAACUGCACAGGGGUGACUCCUUAUAUAUACUCACUCGUUUUGAUCAUAUUGAGGGUUAAUGUUAUGCAUAGUUAGGGGUGUGGCCUCUUUGAGUGUGCACAGUCAGUGUUCUCAACCCAGUAGCUUUGAGCUACAUGCGUGUGGUAUUUCAGGGGUAUAAUGUUUGCUAUGUUCUGCAUCUUAAUUUUGCAUGUUAUAUCAUAAAAAAUAUCUGCCACAAUAUUAGCACUGAACACAAAGUACACCUGAGGCUAAUGAGAAUGUCAUUUGGUCAAAAUUCAUAGUAACAGACUCUGUCAGCCACAGUAUCAUCUCUAAUUAUAUACUUUUGCUGUAACUACCAUGCAUACCUUUUCUAAAAUAAGGUCCACUGAAGAAGUCUGACUUCGCCUCUCUAUGUGCUCUAUCUCUACAGUUUGUCCCCUGUUCGGGUCUGGCAAACCAAUAUUUGUUGGUUGGCAUCGAACACCUAACUAGUGUUUUUUUUAGUCAGUAAACUGCAAAACAGAUAGAUUAUUCUGCCAAUUUUAAACAUAAUCAACAUCGCACAUGCUUGUUUGAAUGUAACAGACAUUUAUCUAUUCCCCCAAGCCAAACUAAU